UUCAAUAAACUUGAAGAGCUGAUGAGUGACUCGAGCUGAAGAUCCCGAGAGAAAGAAGUGUCUUCUUCAUUGUGUGUGUGUUGUGUGUUUGUGUGUAGAUCAGAUGAUGGGUGAUGUACAGAUCAAAGUAGAUUCAGAUGUGAGUGUAUCAGAGGGGCUGUCAUCAGUCCAGUUCACCUGUCACUGCUGUUAUGAUCUUCUCAUUGACCCCACCACGCUCACAUGCGGUCACACCUACUGUCGGCACUGUCUGGCCAUGUGGUGGUCUUCGUCCGGCAGGCCGGAGUGUCCAGAAUGUCGAGAGAGAUGGAAAGGCUUUCCCAAAGUCAACAUUCUCUUGAGGGAUGCAGUGGAGAAGUUGUUUCCAGGCGAUGUGAACAGAAGAAGAUUAGAUGUUCAGGGUGACCCACAGAUCUGUCAGGUGCUCCAGACGUUCCGACAGUUUGGAGAGAAACAGACUCAUCGAGCUCAUGAGAUAGUGCAGCAGCUACAGCAGAGAGGAUUUAACACUGGAGUCAUAGCGGCACUCUACUGCGUCAGUGUGGUGUUGUCAUUGUAUAUGUGGUUCAGUGUUGAUCAGAAUCUGUUGGUCAGUAAACCAGUCAGCAGGUGGAGUGUUGAUGAUGUCACACUGUGGGUGGAGCAGCUGGGUGACUGGACCAAACAAUACAGAAAAACAUUCAGACAAGAACAGAUGGGUGGCAGAUUGUUGAGUGUUCUCGGGGCUGAAGAUCUGUCUGCAGAUCCGUUCGGGAUUCACAAUCCGCUCCACAGACGAGCUUUUCUGCAGGAGAUCAGGAACAUCAAACAAGUGAAAGCACCAGGAAACCUGUGGGAGUAUAAGGCGGCGAAUUUGGGAAAGUCUGUCUUUCUGCUGAUUGGUCUGAGAGAUUCUCCGCGUCUCACGCUGCUUUACCUGUAUCUGUUUGAUUAUGACGACACACUUCUGCCCUUCAUACGCACCAGCUGUCGUGCACACAGCGCCAGCGUGACGUCUAACCAAACUCGGCACGAUUGGCUGAGCUGGCGUCAGUGGCCGGAGCUUCUGGCCAUGUACAGUCUGCUGCCCUAUCAGCUGUUGGCUGACUAUGCGUGGGAUUGGAUGAGCGUUCAUUACUGGAUAUCAUGGAUUUACAUCUUAAACGCCUUUUUACUGUCCCUGCUGGAGAUCUGUUGUGUUUGGAGACUGUGGAGCAGAGGAGAACUCAUGUACAAACACAACACAGACACACAAUACACAUUAUAUCAUAUAAUACAAAAGCGGGAGUUUUUCUGGCCUAAUUUGUGUGUGAUUUUCAGGACCCUCCCUAACAGGAUAUGGCUUCAUGUGAAGAUGAUAAUGUCACAGUGGUUUGUGUUUGUGCUGCUGUGGCCGCUCCUCCCGCACUUCAUCUGUAACUUUGUGUUCUAUGUAGAACUCUACUUCAACCCAAUCUGUAAUAUAGUGACACUGGGAAAAAUACUCCUAUACUCAGACAUGGCACAUCUGAAUAUCUGACAGAUAUUCACAAACUUUCUGCAUUUUUAUAUUUCUGUAGUCACAUAAAUGGCUCACUCAGAUGUGACUUUUUAUUAUACUAUACAAUUAUAUUGUACCUAAAAUGUGUACAGAAUGCAGUGUUGGGUAAGUUACUCUGAGAAAGUAAUUAAUCACUAGUUACUGAUGACAUAUUCAAUAGUGUAAUUAGAUUACUGUACAAAUGACUCUCUCCAAAAAGUAUUUCAUUACUUAUUACCUUCUACAUCAACCUGGAUAAGUUCACUUAUUCAAGGAUAGACAUGAAACGACUCUUAAUUCAUUCAAAUAAAUUAUGAAUAACUACAUAAAUUAUUCUUAUUAACCGACCAAAGUAAUACAAAUGUGAGAAGUAUACGUUAAAUUAUACAUUUUAAAGUUAGACCCAUAAUUUUGAUGUCAUUUCCACUAUCGAAUAUAUUAAAAAGUAUUUAGUUCAAUUACAUCAGAAGUAACUGUAAUUAAAUUACAGAAAAAAUAAGAGUAAUCCCUUACUUUACUUUUCAAGGGGAAAGUAAUUAAAUUACAGUAACUAAUGACCCAA